UAUGGCUGCUUGUACUUGUGCAGAACUUACCAAGCUGCUAACAGUAACUUUUUCAGCUACGUGGACUCAUGUAAACGGCUCUGUUUUUUUCACGCCCAGUCGAUUAAAGCCGCGUUAAUGCUUGUCUAAACUGUGGCCACAUAAAUGCGUGGCACGCGUUUGUUAUUGCAGUCUCGUGGUUUCAGGCCCGCGAGGAAGUCUUUAAUCUCAGAUUUUCAGGGGGCCACUUUCGUUAGUUUGAAGGAUGUUGUGGAGUAUCGCUUAAAAAAAGAAGAAAAAUUGUUUAAACAAGUAACAGUAAAGACCAUCAUGGCAAGCGAUAUGAUCUUAUUGAUGCGAGGCUUGGCUAAGUUGAGCCAGGCUGUGGUAGAGACUCAGAGCAACACCCUGCGCAGUGGGACAGCGGUCCAAGGAGUUGGUGCCGCUGUCCAAAGUGUCCAAGCGGCUGCAGAGCAAGGCAUAUCUGUGGCCAUGAUAAAAAUGCAGGAGCUGUCUGGUCAGCAGCAAACUGCCUCAUCAGAGUCUGAGUUUGACUUUCCUCAGGAUGACGUUGCAUUCACCGCAUCUGAAUUAGGAGAGGAAGGCGCCGACUACUCAGCCGAUCAUUCAGGAAGUAGUGCUCAUGCAGCAACAGGGUUGAACCAUGGCACUGGGGAAAAGUCCAUUUUUGAGGGAUACAAAGAUCCAAGUAAACAGUUUAGUGGCCACACCAGGUCUUACCACCAAGACACCAGGCAUUUCCUUGUGCAACAUCAACUAUACAGCCAAAGGCUAAACAGACAUGCGUGGCAAGAGGUUUAUUGUCAGCAUUCAGCAAGUCAGCUCAGAAGCUACCAUCAGGACCCGCCCUCAGUGGGGGGGCUGACCGCUGAGGACAUGGCGAAGACCAGGCAGAGCAAAAGGGGUGACGCAAAACCACACAAACAGAUGUUAAGCGAAAGAGCCAGAGAGAGGAAGGUGCCUGUGACCCGGCUUGGCAGACUGGCUAACUUUGGAGGACUGGCUGUAGGUUUGGGUAUUGGAGCCUUGGCUGAAGUUGCUAAGAAGACCAUCGGACUCAAUGGUGCUGCAGGUGAAAAUAAAAAGGCUGUUCUGCACUCGAGUCCUUUCCUGUCUGAGGCCAAUGCUGAACGCAUCGUCAGAACUCUGUGCAAGGUCAGAGGAGCUGCACUGAAACUGGGACAGAUGCUCAGCAUUCAAGAUGAUGCAUUCAUCAAUCCUCAACUCGCCAAGAUCUUUGAGCGUGUAAGACAGAGUGCCGACUUCAUGCCAAUCAAACAAAUGACAAAAGCGCUGAACAGUGACUUCGGUCCUAACUGGAGGGACAAGCUGGAAUCUUUUGAGGAACGUCCAUUUGCAGCGGCCUCCAUAGGACAGGUCCACCUGGCGAGGAUGAAGGAUGGAAGGGAGGUGGCCAUGAAAAUACAGUAUCCUGGUGUGGCCCAGAGUAUCAACAGUGACGUCAACAACCUGAUGGCGGUGCUGAAUAUGAGCAAUGCUCUCCCUGAAGGUCUGUUUCCAGAGCAUCUGAUUGAUGUAAUGAGGAGAGAGCUUGCACUGGAGUGUGAUUAUAUCAGAGAAGCCCAGUGUGCAAAGAAGUUCAGGGAGCUAUUGAAGGAUGAUCCGUUCUUCUAUGUCCCCGAGGUGAUAGAGGAGCUGAGCAGUGGCCAUGUCCUGACUACUGAACUUGUCCCUGGAUUUCCCCUGGAUCAGGCCGAGAGCCUCUCGCAGGACCUGAAAAACGAGAUCUGCAAGAACAUCCUGUCGCUGUGCCUCCGAGAGCUGUUUGAGUUCAGGUACAUGCAGACCGACCCAAACUGGUCCAACUUCUUCUAUGAUCCACAGACACACAGGGUGGCACUGCUGGACUUUGGAGCCACAAGAGGAUUUGAUCAAAGUUUCACUGAUGUCUACAUAGAGGUAAUCCGCUCAGCUGCUGACGGCAACAGAGAAGGAGUACUGAAGAAAUCUAUUGAAAUGAAGUUCCUGACGGGGUACGAGUCAAAGGCUAUGAUAAACGCUCAUGUAGAUGCAGUGAUGAUCCUCGGCGAGGCCUUCGCCUCCUCAGAGACCUUUGACUUUGGUGCACAGUCCACCACUGAGAGGAUCCACAAUCUCAUCCCUGUGAUGCUGAAACACCGCCUCACCCCUCCUCCAGAGGAGACGUAUUCACUUCACCGUAAGAUGGGUGGCUCGUUCCUCAUCUGCUCCCGGUUGAACGCAAAGCUGCAGUGCAAGGAUAUGUUCCAGGCGGCAUAUACAAAGUACUGGGAAGGCCGCACACCACCGUCUAAUUCGGCCUAAGCCAGUCAGCGUUGGGUGAUUGGGAUGGAUUUGUCCUGGGGCCAACAGCAAAAGUGCCCAUUGAUGGUGAGGUUGGGGUGAGAAGAUGCAGAACUGUAGAGCAGAGGGCAUGCUACCCACCCUUAUGUGGUGAUCGAACACCAGUGUGUCUUUCCUAUUUUGGGCAACCAGCUAUGAGGUUUUAAAAUACCAUUAAACAUAACUCAAAGGAACUUUUUUUUUUCCUGGCUUUUAACAGAGGGAGCAGCAGCGUGGUAUUUACCAUGAUUUUAAGCUAAAUGUGUAUGGAUGAAUGGCCCAGAACAAAAACCAUGAAUGUAAAAAGGAUUUGAUGUUCUCUUCUAUAACAAUGUCAAGACAAUUGUUGUAUUCUCAUUGUAUUUUGUGUUGCUGUUUGUUUUUGUUGAAAUAUUAGAUCAUCCGCCCAGUUUGUCGUUUACCAUAAGUCUCAUUAGUGGUAACCUCACAAUGUAGAUUGUAUCAGGGAACAGACCUCAGUUUAAACUGUAAACUAAACGCCACAAUAUAAUGCAGUUAAUGGUUUGUGGGCAGGGUGAAUCCAGUAUGACCAGGACCAACGUGUCUGCGUCACCAAUAAGUUAGUUUCUAUUGAGUACAAUCUGAUUAAAUCGUCUGUAUAUAUGAGAAAAAAAAAAAAAAAAAAACUUGUGUUGAGGUCAAAAUGUUUAAUGGUCUCACUCAAGUCAUGUGUCAUACAUACAGAAUCUUCUGUAUUACUGAAGCCAUCCAGAUUACAGCACGGAUGGUGCUGCUUGUCAAAUUCAGUUGCUGUUUAUAGCUUUAAGGUACUGGAAUGAUUUGUUUGGGCAUAACAUUGGUUCAAAUGACACCAAGGAUUUGUAUAAACCCUGCAAUAAGGCAUGAUUACAAUUUCUCAUAUAUAUAUAUAUAUAUUUGUCACUGAACUCCCAACUGAUUACAUUUUUUUUCAAUGCACUACAGAUUAACUUUUUUCAGUAUCAAGAUUUUCAACAAUUGGUUGGAAAUGGUCAAACUAAUAUAGACAGGGGAAUGCACAGACCCAUGUUGCUCCCUUUUCAGGUAUUCGGUUUAAUGAAACAAAGCAAAAAAAAAAAAAAAUUACAUCCACUCUGGGCCCAGGUUUGAAUGAAUGGUGAACUACAGGAAUGGAAGAAGCUCAUCCUGAUAACGCACAAGAUCGGCUUGUGGGCUCACCUUGCUCCCACAAGUCUGUAAUCUCUCCACGCCUCCUUGGAUACAAAAUCUUGCUUCACCUUGGCAGGUGUGUGACUGAAGGUUGUCAAAUGUUCUGCUGUGUGUAUGCAGUUAUAACAGAGUUUUGGUGUGAAAAAUUGGGGGGAGAUAAGUAAUAAAAAUGUGCCUGUUUUCAAACAGUUUUUAGGUAGAAAAUGUUAACUUUCUAUUUCAUAUUAUAUCUCUGGUUCCAAUUUUAUAAUCAAAAUGCAUUCUUAACUGAAAAAUGAAAUAAAAUAUUGUAUGAAUAGAGGAAAUCUA